AUGUCUCAGACUAACAGAUUGAUGAUAUUUCCGACACGAGGCAACGUCGUGAUGUUGAAAGGACGCGUCGCCGUGGCGACAAAAGGCCACCUCCUGAUGAAACGUAAGGCCGAUGCGUUGCAGUCGCGACUGCGUGUCACGUUGCAAAAAUUGAUACAAGUGAAAAGUGAGAUAUCGGAGGCGAUAAGGGAGGCAGCGUUUUCAUUGGCCGAGGUACGUUUCGUGACGGGUGAAACGAUGAGCAUAGCCGCCGUGAUACUCGAGGCAGUCGGUGAAAAGGCCAGAACGAGAAUACUGACGUCCAAGGUGAACGUAGCCGGUACAAUCAUAACCGUAUUUGAAUGCUACCAGGACGGUAUCGACGUCUACGAGUACGCCGGUCUUUCCCGAGGUGGUCAGCAGCUAGCUACCGCGAAGCAAAUGUUUCUACAAGUGAUAAAACUCGGCGUCGAGCUCGCCUCCCUCCAGACGGCGUUUCUGACGCUGGAAAAGACACUGAAGACGGCGAACGUCAGGGUAGCGGGAAUGAAGCACGUCGUAAUACCGAAGAUCGAAUCGACUCUCAAGUACAUUGUAUCGGAGAUCGACGAGAUGGACCGUGAGGAAUUUUACAGAAUAAAAAAGAUCAAGAAGAAAAAGCUAAAGAAAAAUGAGGAAGAGGAGAAUUCGUUGGACGACGAAAAGAGGAUACAGGAAGUUGUUCCCGAGUCAUCGGUCAAACCUCCGUCGUCAUCGGUGACGAAGUCGGCCAAGAUUGUUCGAAGAUCGUUCUGCCCGUGUCACCAGAUCGCAGUAUACAUCCCGUUGUUAAAUACAACGAAAUUGAGAAAAAAAUAA